ACGUGGAAUAUGAAAAUGGUAACCAUUUAUCUGCAGGAGCGACUACCGACAAUCUACCUCCGGGUGUGCUCUACAGGGUGAAGGCCACCUACAAGUACACUUGCGAGGACGUGGACGAGCUGUCGUUCGAAGUCGGCGAGAUCAUCCGCGUGGUCGAGUACGACGAUCCGGAAGAACAGGAGGAAGGCUGGCUCAUGGGAAUGAAGGAGGGUACCAACGAGAAGGGCAUGUUCCCGGCAAACUUUACGAAGCCCUUGUGAGCUGUGCCGAUGCGCCGAGUCCCAAAGUCGUCGCUGCCGUUGCCACGUUAAACUGCUCCGCUGCCGGGACAUUUUGUCAUCAACACGCGUACCGUUAGAUGUCCUGUAUUGCUCAUUUCCUCCGAGUAACUUAUACAUUUGUAAAUCUGAACCCACAAGCUCUUACACGUAUACACACGUAUAUAAGCUUAUAUCAGCGGGUGCAGCUGGAAAAAGCAAGUGCACGGAGCAAACGACGAUGAUACCGAUGUUGAUGAUUAUUGUUAUUGUCAAGCUGUCGAUGUUAGUGCGAAAGACAAGAGAUGGAACGAUUGCGCGUUGAUCGUUUUAAAAGUGCCUUAAAGCUAGCCACUGUCUGUGCCAAUCGACGACACUUACACUGCUGCUGCUCUCUCUCUCUUUUUUUUUUUUUUUUUUCUCUUUUCCUUUCCUCUCCCGUCCCCGUCCGUUUUGGAUCCUGAUCAGAUUUUUUCCUUCUUCUCCAAAUGUAUGCCAAGAAACAAAAUCGACUUUUUCAACGCUCAUUGACUGAUUAAAUCUUUACUCCUCCUUUACAUCGAUCGUGCAAGAUCCCUUGAUAUCCGAUACCUUGGUCAGUGGGUUGAAAACAUUUUUUGAAUGAUCUUUUUUUUAUAUACAUAUAAUAUCUACAUAAAAAUACAUAUAAAUACAUGUAUUCGUACAAUAAGAGAUCGAAGCAGUUU